AGUUGUUGUAGAGACCUCUUCGAAACACGAUUAUGACAAAACUUGCGACGAUUAUAUUUUUCUUAUCUCUUCUUGAUAACUGUUUUUCCGCUGUUCCUACUCUGACACCCGUGAUAUCUUCUAGCCCUCUAUCAGUUCCCGAAAAUGUUAUAAACGUUGUCCUCGGUGUUACUUGGACUGCAACGGAUCCUGAUGGAGGCACAAGUUUUACUUAUAGUCAAGACCUUACUGGUCCCCAUAGUGCAUUUUUUACCGUUAACGCAGCCGAUGGUAAAAUUACUGUAAAGCAAGCCAUUGAUUAUGAAAAUACCUUAUUUAAUGGCAAAGCCUAUGUUGCUGUCACUGUAAAAGAUGCACAAGAUGAAGCGGCAACAGUUAACUUAACAGUUAAUAUCGUUGACGUAAACGAGUUCUUCCCCAGAUUUCCACAGAGCUCUUAUCGUGCUAAUAUAUCUGAAGACUACAGAUUGUUUUCAUCUAUUUUAAAUUUAUCGGCAAUUGAUGAAGAUGGUGGAGAUUUCGGUGAACUAAAUUACGUCGUUCGAGAGCCAGGAUCAUCCUACUUUCGAGUUGAUAGCUUAGGUUUGCUUGUUGCUUACGUAUCACUGGACAGAGAAACUUUUAGAAGUUUGACAUUCAAUGUUGUGGCACUGGACAAGUCGUUUAAUAGUUCUACAACUUCGGUUACGGUGAUUCUUCAGAAUGUUAAUGAUAACGCUCCAUAUUUUACAACGUCCGUUAUCAAUAUUGAAGUAAGCUCUAAUGCGGAACUAUAUACCAGUGUUGGAAAAGUUACUGCAAUAGAUAAAGAUGCCGAAGGGACCUUAUUAACGUAUAGUGUGUACAACAAGACAACUGUUGAUGAUCAUUUUUUUAUGACACCUCUGGAUGGUCAAAUAACGACGAAUAAAGUAUUGGAGGCAGGAAAAACUUAUUCGUUUUAUGUUCAAGCGGAUGACGGCGGUAAGCCAAAAUCCUUUAAGAGCAACCCUGUUCUUGUUCGAAUUGAUACUUACAACGCUGAGGCUCAUCAAACAGAUUGGACAAUUAGUGUUCCUGAGGGAACUGUGUUUACCCGAGAUCAUCAUUCCCAAUUGAUGCUAAAACUACUGGCUGAUCAAUGUAAACCUUGCGUGCCAAAGUUAGCUAAACAAACAACGGAUAAAAAUGGUGAUCAAGUGCUGACCAUAUAUUUUUUGAAAAAUAACGCCACUGGUACGAAUUCUUCAGUAGUUGGAAAACAGUUUAUGACAAAAGAAGAAGUUUUAGAGAGAUGGACUGAUGAUUCUGGAGCUCCAAAUGCUAAUGCAAAAUCUGCAACACCAGUUCCCGGUACAGUUUUAUCUUUGGGUCAAACUAUUUAUACCGAACCAGAAAAUUGGUGGCUUGAUACACAUGAGGGAAGAUUUUGUAUCUUCCUAAUUUGUUUUGUAUGUUUCGCUUUACUCUCGACUCUUAUUGUGUUUUUAUUGGAUUGGUUUUGGUGGAAUGCAAGACCGGCAAAAAGAUACAAUAAAGCUGUAUUGAACCAUAAAGGUCCGCCACCUGGAGCUGUUUCACCACCACCACCACCACCUCCUGCUCCAGCUCCAGCUCCAAUCAUUGGCUUAGAGAGAGAAAAAGCAGUAGUGGAAUAA